AUGGAACGGGCUUCCACCUUUGACACCGGCGCUGCCAGCAGUUCGGCCAGCAUGAGCUCAUCGCCCUCCAGUACCUCGCCCAGCCGGCGCAGCAGCUUCUCCAUCCUCGAAAAACCAACAGCCGGUGCAACUGGCCUGUCCAGCAUCGCCAGCUUUGCUAACAUCAACGGCUUGUCAUCUGCGCCCGCAUCUUUGCUGCCAAUGCCCGUCCUGAGCAGGGCAUCGUCCGCCUUCGAUAUCGCCAAAUCGUCUUUAAAAUGGCUGCCAACCGGCCGGAUCGAGCUCCCUUCGUAUGCUCCCCUCUCCGGCCUCUCGUCACCUCUCCGGUCGCCGACGUCAUCACCUAGACUGCGCGCAAUUUUCGGCCACUGCCUCUACCGGCGCGUCUUGCUGUGGAUUGGCGGUCUACUCUGCGCUCUGCUGGUUAUUUUAUUGGUGCACAGCCAUACCCACCAUGGACUGCAUUUCCGCAAGGAGCAGCCUUCACAAGAAAAGAAGGGGCCGAGCCCCGAGUCGAUCUGGGUCAACUACACUCGACUGGACGGCUACUACAACGGCAUCCGGACCAUUGUGCCAAUAAAGCAAUACCAUGCCGAGUACCCGACGGCGGAAGACACACGAAUCGGGAGACUCCAGGAAUAUUCCGACGCAGUGGAUGCUUCCGUCGCUGCUGCAGAUGCUGUUGUUGUGCCCCGGACUGAGCGCACCGACGACAAAUCCGGCGCCAAAACGACACCUGCGAGAAGUUCCACGACUACUUCCGCAACCAAGAACGCGACACCCAAGCCGACCAUCUUCAACGCCCAUCCGGACUACAAUUCGUCCGAGUACCGUGCUCAGUAUUACCCCGUCCAACGUUGUUAUCUGGAUGCCGCCAACCAAGUCCCUGUUCCCGAUCUGUGGGCGUACCCGGGCGUGCCUCAGGGCCAACCCGAGCCUCUCCUCGGUUCCCACAGUCUGCUGGGUCUUCGGGAAGAUGUCUGCUUCGAUCGCUUUGGUCGUUAUGGCCCCUACGGACUGGGCUACAAAAAGGAAGAGGGCGGCACCGGCCUUGCCCUGGAUACGGAAAGCGAGGGUGCCAACCAGAUCUGGUCCGCGUCAACUUCGGGCAAGAUUGACUAUAGCACCGUCGACUGGGCCUCAGCACAGCGUCGCUGCUUUGCGGCAAACGAAGAGCGUUUUGUUCCUUCCGGUAUUGAGGGUGCUCGCUCGACCGAGUACUCGCCGUCUGGUAAUCUGGACAUGACCAACAACGUUGGGGAGAGAAAUGCUUCAUCCGAAACGACAUCGAGCAACACCUUGGGCUUGAAAAAGAUCGAACGCACGGCCGUUGUUAUGCGUUGCUACGCUGGCUUCAAGUGGUCCGUCCACUCCAUCCUGAACUUGCGCGCGCUGGUUUCCGAGCUGUCUCUGCGGUCCGGCGGCGAGUACGACGUGCACAUUCUACUGCACGCCCGCGACGAGAACAUUCCUGUCUGGGCCGAUGCUGAGGUGGCAGAGGAGUUCAUUGCUGACAAUAUCCCACGCGAGUUCCGCGGCCUCGUCUCGCUAUGGUCGGAGGGCCAGAUGCGCUUGUUGUACCCUGGCAUGCGCGGCCAGCCGACCUUCGACAACCCUGCCAACGCCGAUAUCCACGGUGUCUACCGUUCGCCUCACCUGCCUCUGCAACACUUCGCCCAGCAGCACCCCGAGUACGCUCACUACUGGAACUGGGAAAUGGAUAUGCGUUUCCUGGGCAGCUACUACGAAUUUUUCGACCGCCUCGGCUCUUGGGCUGAAAAGCAACCCCGUCGCCGCCUUUGGGAGCGCUCUGCAAAGUACUACAUUCCUGCGCUCCAUGGCUCGUGGGAGAAUUUCACCGCACGUGUUGAUGCCGAAGCACAUGAAGCCGGCCGCCCUUCGAUUCUCGGCGAGCUCUACUUUGCCGGCCGUACGCAAACGCGCGACGAAGAGCAUGGUGUCUCUCCACUCCCUGCUGGCUGCGAGGGCGCAGUCCUGAGCACGUACAACCGCACCGCACCCGCAGACAACCGAACGGCGUCGCUUCCCGGACGCCACUUCUUUGCUGACCGCAACAACAACUACACCAACAUUCCGGGGUCGUGCGGUGUAGGCGAAGCUGCUGACCUAAUCACACUGAAUCCGAUGUUCGACGCCGAAGAGUCAGGCUGGGUAUUCUCGAACGACGUCACCGGCUACGAUCUGGCCUUUGCGAUUCCACCCCGGCGUACUGCAAUCAUUACUGCUUCGCGCCUCUCUCGACGCCUUCUUUUCGCCAUGCACGAAGAAACUUGGCGCCUUCACCACGGCAUGUUUGCGGAAAUGUUCCCGCCCAGCGUUGCCCUGCACCGUGGCUUCAAGGCUGUCUACGCACCGCACCCAGUCUACGCCGACCGCCACUGGCCAUUGGCCGCGGCAGAAAAGGCUUUCAAUGCCGGACCCGAUCACUCCUCCGGUGCGAGUGACGCGUCGCCUUUCCACCCCGGCAACGAGCAUUACCACCGCGGUUUGACCUGGUAUUACAACUCGGACUUUGCAGGUCGUUUGUGGCGUCGCUGGCUUGGCUACCUGCAGCCCAUUGAUGACCCGGCUGCACCGAAGCCCAAGCCUGUUGACGGCCAAGACGAUACCUGGGUCGGGCUAGGAGGUGGAGCGGGUGAUGAGGCUGCGGGCUCCGGCCGCAUGUGCAUGCGCAGUGUGCUUGUACACCCGAUCAAGUUUGAGAGCCUCGCUGAAAUCUUUUCAUAA